AUGAUUUUACAAUUAAUUAAUUAUCCAGUUGAAGGAACUGUUGAAUAGGAACACUCGAAGUCUCCUAAGAGAAGAGCAAUUAUAAUAAAACAUUUUCGUAAUCCAAUGAAGAUUUAGCCUAAUAAUUUGAUAUUUCCCCUUUAAUCUCCAAAGAUCAUAUCUAGUAAAAGUAGUACCAGACAAAAUGAAAUUACAUGGUGUAGUGAUAAUAAUUAAAUAAGAGAGCAUAAUUAAACAUUUUGUUAAUAAAAUAACUUUAAACCCUUCUUUAAAUUAAGUAGUGAGUAAAAAAAUAGAUUUGCAAUUAUAAAAAAGGUUUUUAAAAAGGAAGAUGAUAAAGAUUGUAUAUUUUUAGAGAGAAAGUUAAGUUUGUUAAAAUUUAAUUUUAAGGAAAAAGAGAAAGAGAAAGAAGAGAGUUAAAAAAUUUCAUUAGAUUAUUCAUAAAUUAAGAUACCUUAGACUGCAUCAUCAACAAGAAAGAGACAAUAUUUGAAUAAUAACAAUAAAUAUCAAUUAUUUUAGAAUAAAAUAAACAGAAGAUUUAAUAGUGACACUGAUUUAUAAGAUUAAAAACGAAAUCGAAAGCAAAUAAUUUCAUAUUCCAUAAGGCCUAAUACUCAUAAUUAUGAUCGUGAUCAUUAAGAAUUUGCUCAAAACAUUUUCAAUCAAUAUUUGAAAACAAGUUUGUAAGAUUAAUGA